GAGGAGUAGCAGCAGAAGGAGCAGCAGGAGGAGGAUCAGCAGCAGAAGGAGCAGCAGCAGGAGAAGCAGCAACAGGAGGAGCAGCAGGAGCGGGAAGAGAUGCUGCCCGUCACCGUGAACAUCAAGCUGCCCGCGCGCUCGCUACCCGGGGCGCUGCACGCCAACAACCGCCUCGCCGCGGACUGGGGAUGGCAGGGCUUGCUGGCAUACGGAUGCCAUUCGCUGGUUAUGGUGGUGGAUCCUCGCACGGCCCAGACAAUCCAGGCCCUGGACAAACACAAGGCAACUGUCGUCAAGGUGAAAUGGGCUCGGGAGAACUACCACCACGAUGCGUGCGCCCCCUACUCCGCCCGCUUGGCCUCGGGGGACGCGAGCGGCAAAAUCGUGGUGUGGGACGUGGCCGCGGGCGGAGCACGCUGCGAGAUCCAGGAGUACACGAAGCCCGUGCAGGACAUGGAGUGGCUGUGGAGCCAGGACGCCAGCCUGGACCUGCUUCUCGCCGUGCAUCCCCCGAAUUUGCUGGUGCUGUGGAACGCAGACACGGGCACCAAGCUGUGGAAGAAGAGCUACGCGGAGAACAUCAUCUCCUUCUCCUGCGACCCCUUUGAUCCCUCCAGCCUCGCGCUGCUGACGAGCGAGGGCAUGGUGUUCGUGCACGACUUCUCCCCGUCGAGGCCGCCCCCGAGCGCAGGCAGGAAGGUUUACAUCUCCAGCCCCAGCUCAAGCCCCGCCGGUGCCGCCGCGGCAGCGGGGCGCGCCCCCACGGGCGCCCGGCGAGCGCUCAACCGCGUCAAGACGCUGAUCACCGACGAGAAGCCGAGUGUGGAGGGGGUGCUGCUCACAGAGUGCAUCCAGAUGUCGUACCUGCCCGCCCACCGCUCCCACAUGCUGCUGCUGUACCCACGCGAGAUCGUCAUCCUCGACCUGGAGAUCAGCCAGACAGUUGGCAUCGUCGCCAUCGAGCGCAGCGGCGUGCCCUUCCUGCAGGUAAUCCCGUGCCGCCAGCGCGAUGCCCUCUUCUGUCUGCACGAGAACGGCUGCACCACCCUGCGGGUGCGGCGCCCCAACCGCCCCAGCGUGCCCGUGCCGGCCCCCGCCGACGAGGCCGAGGUGGACUGUGUGUCUGCGGACGUGGUGUACGAGCUGCGCUGUCAGUCGGACGCGGUGCGCGUCACCAAGACGGUGCGCCCCAUGGCGCUGGGCUGCUGCCCCGUGGGGGAGAAUGCGGCGGCAAUGCUGGUGAGCGACGGACGCCUUCUCGUGUGGGAGCUGCACGCCACACGCGGCUGUGGUCAGGGUGGCUCCUCUCAGCUGCUGUCUCCGCUCUCCUUCUGCGGGGCACUUGCUGGGCCAUGCACCCCCUCGCUGCCGGAUCUUUCCCUCGACAGCGCCUUUGGCCAGUGCCUGGUGUUUGCGGACGAGCGCUCCGCAAGGCCGCCGGGUCCGCAGCAGGAAGUUUCCCUGCGCUUCCUGCUCACGGGGCUGCUCUCCGGCCUGCCGCCCCCGCCGUUUGUGCUGCGCAUGUGCCCCCCACUCACCACCAAGAACCUGGAGCAGUACCAGCCCCUGCUGGCCGUCGGCACGAGUAGCGGCUCGGUGCUGGUUUACCAUCUCACCAGCGGGCUGCUCUACAAGGAGUUCAGUGUGCACACCUGUGAGGUCCGGGGUAUUGAGUGGGUGAGCCUGACGUCAUUCCUGUCCCACGCCAGCUCCACCCCUAAUAACAUGGGCUUGGUUCGCAAUGAACUUCAACUGGUGGACAUGUCUACAGGGCGGAGCACGCCGUUCCGCGGCGAGAGGGGGAACGAUGAGCCUCCCAUCGACAUGAUCAAGAUCUCCCACCUCAAGCAGUAUCUGAUUGUGGCGUUCCGCGACAAGCCCGUCGAGCUGUGGGACGUACGCACGGGCGCCUUGCUGCGCGAGAUGCCCAAGACCUUCCCGGCCGUCACGGCCCUGGAGUGGUCCCCCUCUCACAACCUGCGCACCCUGCGCAAGAAGCAACUGGCGGCGCGGGAGGCGAUGGCGCGGCAAACGAGCGUGACCGAUGGGGAGACCGGCUCCCUGCAACCCUCGCUCAUCAGUCUUCUGCAGGACGCGGAGAGCAAGGCGGAACAGGGGGCGACUGUGUGCGCGCGUGAACACUUUGUGUUCACCGACUCCAAUGGAGUCAUCUACCACUUCACCGUGGAGGGCACGAGCGUCAAGGAGGGGGCACGCAUCCCCCCCGAUGCCAGCAUGGGCAGCCAUCAGCAGCAAUUGCCUGGAAGGGAGAUGUUUCUGGUGCUCGGUGACUCGGAUGGAAACCUCAACUUCUGGGACCUGAAGGCGAAGCUGUCCAGGGGAAUCCCCACUCACCGAGGCUGGGUGCGGAGGUUGCGCUUCGCUCCCGGGAAGGGGAACUCGCGCCUCCUCGUUCUGUACAACGACGGCAUCGAGAUUUGGGACACCAAGGAGGUGAAGAUGGUGAGCAGCCUGCGCAGUGGGCGCAGCGUGGCGUGGCGCGUGCUCGACGUGGACUGGUGCACCUCGGACAAGGCGGUGCUCGCGUGCGAGGACGGCUGCGUGCGCGUCAGCGACACGGCGCUCCGGGGCUCCGCAUUCCGCAUGGAGGAGCAGGAGCUCACCGAUGCGCUGUGGUGUCCGUAUCUGCUGCCCCCGCGCGCCGGCCUGGCGCUGAAGGCCAUCCUGCUGCACCAGCCGUGGGAUUGCCGGCACACGCUGCAGAUUGACGACAUAGACUACCAGGAGCAUGUGGACGUGAAGCGCCUCUUGCAGGAGCAGCUGGACGCUUUGUCCAACGACUACAAGAGUCUGCUGCUGAACCCCAACUUCUCCCUCCUGCAGAGGUGUCUCCUGACGGCCCGUCUGUUUGGGGACGAGUCGGAGCUGCACUUCUGGACGGUGGCCGGGUUCUACCUGCAGCACCACAAGCGCACGGCGGGGCUGGCAGGGCCCAGCGGCGACGGCCUCGACGUCUGCUACGAUCUGCUCUGUGACAACGCCUACUUCCAGAGGUGGCAGCUGGAGAGGGUUGGCUUGCAGGAAGCCAAGCGUGCGACGUACGUGCACACUAACAAGUGCGCCGACAAACUGCUGCUGCUGGGACAGACGGAGCGCGCGGUGCAGCUGCUGCUGGAGACGAGUGCGGAGAACGCGGCCUACCACAGCGACUCGCUCAAGGCCUGCCUCGUGAGCACACUGCCCGCCUGCGGAGCUGCGCAGAGCACCAUCAAGCUCGUCGCCACCAACAUGAUCGCCAGCGGCAAGCUUUCGGAAGGUGUGCAGCUGCUGUGUCUCAUUGACAAGGCGGCCGACGCGUGCCGAUACCUGCAGACGUACGGCCAGUGGAACCAAGCGGCCUGGCUCGCAAAGGUGCGGCUGGGCCAGGAGGAGUGUGGGGAGGUGCUGAAGCGCUGGGCCGAUCACCUCUGCUCUCCGCACGUCAACCAGAAGUCACGCGCGAUCCUCGUGCUGCUGUCGCUUGGCUGCUUCCAGCGCGUGCUGGACAUGCUGCACAGCAUGCGCUACUUCGACCGGGCGGCGCUCUUCCUGGAGGCGUGCGUGCAGGCCGGGGUGCUCGCGGACCCAACCGACGCUUCUCGGCCCCUGACGGAGUCGGUGUGCGCGGAGUACGGCCGCUACCUGCGCUCGCUGGGCCUGGGCAGCGCGGCCGCCGAGUACGCGGCACGUGGCGGCCCCGCCGGCGUCGAGAUCCUGGCCCAGCUCGCGCCGUCUCGGGAGGCGGAGACACCGGACUCCAACAAGACGAGCGGCCUAGAGCCCGACAAAGCGGCGCCGCAUGUGCCGGGGACGCUGGGCUCGUCGUGCAUGGUAGAAGCGUAGGGCUUGCCGACUCCAGGGGCCGCCCCCUUGGGGUGCCGACCGCAGGUGACGGGGGGGGGGGGGGGGUGGUGGCGCGCUUGGGAAGGAUAGAGAGCGCGCGCGGGACCCAGCGCAGCAAGCGGAGGACUCUUCGAUAAGACGGCGCGCGGGGGGACGACGGACCCCAUGGCGCCAGCACGCGGCACGCAACGCUGCACCAGAGGCGGAGCGACGGCAGCGUCGGAGCACCUUGCACGAAUCCAUUCCUUUGGGGCUUGCGGCACGAAGAGUUGCAAAGGAACAACGGACUGUAACGAGUGGACCGUUAGCAGACACUUUGUUGGGAGUGCUCUUUGUUAAAAACCACAUGAAACAUUGAGGCUAUAAUUUGCAAUGUAGAGAUGGGGAAGUGCAGAUGCACGGGUGAGGGUUGAAAACACUUUAAAUCUAAAACGCCGACACCCUAAAAUGAUUUGAUGUGACGAUGUAUUUGAUACAAACACAAGGUACAAUAUAAUUGAUGUACACAUUGCUUUGGCCAAAGUGGCCCUGGAAUGUGGCUGUGGACAGGCCUAUUGGAGAGGAUUGAUGGUAGCGUUUAGGUGCGCAAUGCAGAAUCACGUUUUUGGAUUAAGCCUGAAACAUGAGCAGUUUUCACCGAUUGCAUCGAGUCCAUUAUGUUUUGAGUCACAUGUUUGGCCCCACUGUGAAAUGGGAACACAGCCGACACGUGUUGAAAGGUUCCAUCGGCAGGAGUAAAACCCCAGCUGAGGGACAGCGCACACCAAGUAAUGUCGCUCGGUCUCUGAUACCACCAAAAGGAGUGGGGGUGGCGCCGCAAGUCAGAGGAGGGGGCGACCCCUUGAGCUGCUGGUGGGUCUGUGGGCCACGCUGCCCUGGGCGCGGGGGACGCGUGACAUCGCGAGGCGCGACGUGAGGAUUAUGUGCGAGAGGAGCUCUGCUGUACUUGGAUAUGUGUCGGAUCGUCCGGUGCAAACACGUGACUCCACAGCAUGGGAUUUAUUUACCGAUGUUAUCAUUAUCUUAAGAAAAGGAGACAAAAGCAUUCCUUUUUAAAUUUCCGAAUGCACACAUUUAUUUGCGCAAAGCUUGGCUUGUAUUGACAUGAGCACGCUCUGAACAGAUCUGUUCUAGAGCGGUAAGCUGUGUGGACCAUGCAAUCCAGCGCCAAGACACAGGUGAUGGCACCAGCCAACCUCUUGAUGAUCAGACUCAUGCCUGUGUCGUCCAGGCCAGAGCGGACAUUGGUAGUAUUUGAGGUGGCAACAUUCAAUUGGUACACAUUACAUAACAUGGCAAAUAAAGUUAACUAUAUGAUCACUUUUCAAAUCGGUUAACGGUGUUUUUUUUGUGUGGUUAAAAUGUUUUUCCAUUUCACGUGAUGCGGAACGUUAAAUAUGUGGACUACUACCAAAUUCUUAUCGAAUUUCAUGUAGCGGCUCUUGCCAACAACAGCUGUCUCUCCGGGAGCAGCCGCUGUGUUAUUCGCUGCCGUUACGUGCGCCCUGAGUCACACGAUGCAGACCACCGAUGUGCACGCACAGGUGAACGACUGGCACCAGCCGACCUCGAGGUGGAUCAGCUGUUCUUCCUUGCUUGGGAUGAGAGUACAAUACUGUAUGGACACGCUGAACACUUUCUGAAGCGAUGUUUAAGUGUUCCUGCCCAACGUAAUUGUACUCGAGCUGUUGUUGCUGUGAUGAUGUGCUGUGUGCUGUUCUCAAUAAACUCGACGUUACUU